UCGCUAUCAGCGCGGUCAGGAUCGGCUGUGGAUGCCUUUGGACAGUCAGUAAACUGGGAUUCCGUGCCAUCAGCGCCUGCAAAAGCCGAAGAUCCAUUCGACAUACAGUGGAGCCGGCUUGCUGCAAGUACGGGAAUGGCAUCCAAUCCGUUUCUCACGGAAGUUCCACGGGAGCUUAGGAUUUAA